AACUAUCUAUUUCCAACAUAUAAAUAUUUACUAUUCUUAGGUGCAUGAAGAUGGCAACAUCCUUGGAACUAACCAUUGGCAUCGAAGGUGCUUACUCAACAUCACCAACGAAGACAACCGACCCACGAUUAUCAUACAUGAUAUCGAUCUCUAACGAUGAAUCAUUGAAUGACAAUCAUCAUAAUCACGGAGUAUUGCAAAAAUGGAUGCAUACCGUGCUAUGCUACAAGAAGCAUAGUGAUGAUAGUGAAGAUUAUGGGUUGCAUGCUAAGGGAAGGAUCAAGGAGUCCCUAGGAAAGGCCUUGUUAGAGCACCCUAUUUUGGCUGGAAGACUUAGAAGAUCUGAAAAUGAUAAUGGAGAUUUAAGGAUUGUGUCAAAUGAUAGUGGAAUUAGAUGUAUUGAUGCACAAAUUUCACUUAGUUUGGUACAUUUUCUUGAAUUGUCCAAGGAGAAGAAGAAUGAAGUUGAAGGCAAAUUGCUUUAUUGGAAAAACGUUGAUGAAUCUAAUCCUAUUUUUUCUCCACUCUUCUACAUUCAGAUGACCAAAUUCAAAUGUGGGGGAUACUCAAUUGGGAUAAGUUGUAGCCUUCUCUUGACUGACCCUUUGUACAUGGCAAAGUUCCUCAACAAAUGGGCAAAAAUUCAUAUGAGCAUGGUCUACGAAAGUGAAAUGUCAAAAACACUCUCGUGUAUCUACUCCUCUUAUUUCAAAUUUGGAUCCGAACACGAAUAUGGUACGAUCCAUGACUCAAGCAAUACUAGAAGAAAAACUUCCAAAACCAUGAUAUUCAACAUUUCAACCGAAGAAACAAAACAUUAUUUAAGAGAUGAAAUUUGCAAGUAUUUUGUGCAACACUGCUUAGAGAAGGCAGAGAACAUAUUUGGUAGCAAAUUGGGUUCACCCUUCACUCUAAUGACCAAAGAACCAAAUGGAAAUACCAAAGUUGAGAUUUUUACAAGAAAAGCCAAUUUUACAUCACCCAAAAACUUGAAAUAUGAGCUUAAUUCUUCUAGUUGGGAAGAUUUGAAAAUUAAUGAUGUUGCUUUUCAAAGAGGAAAUGGGCCAAUUGAUGCUUCACAUUGGAUUUCUUGUGAUGCCCUUGAAGGAAUGGUAUUGGUUGUAAUUUCGGAAGCAAUCAAGGGCAAAUCUGGCAUACAUGUUUACGUCACCGUUCCUAUUGAUCAAGACCUUCAAGAGAUUGAAUGUUAUUAGAUCUUGUGUGUUGAUAAUCCCAAUUCUCAACCAACUCAAGAAGAAAUUAAAGUCCAUAUAUUAUUGUUUUGAAUUUUUGAUUGAUCUCCCUCGUUAUAUAUUUUACCUUGUUUUGGUACAUUUUAUUUUACUUUAUGAACAAUUUGUUAACAUAUUUUAUACAUGUCAUGUAUGUAUGUGUAAUGUGUGUAUACGUUAAUGCGUACAUACACUUAUAAGUGACCACAAUAUGUAUUGAUUUCUAUAUUAUAAAGUAUUUCUUUUUUGUCAUCAA